CACAGCUGUCUGUGCGGGUCGCUACAAUAUAGUUGUAUUUCUUCUUUCGUUCUUUGAAUUAGUUAAUUAUAUGAAUUUAAAUAGUUUGAUUAUUCAUAUAUUAAUGUUUUAAUAUUUUUAUAACUAGAUUCGGCUCUUCACGUAUGCGAGCCUCCCCCCAACGUUCACCUACAAGAGCCGGCUCUAGUUGGUUGCGAGAUACAGAAGAAUAAGAAUAACAUACAGAAGAAGAAGAAGAGAGAAUAUUUCCACAGCUCCACGAGUUUUUUUCGCGAUUGGCGAAAGCAUGAUAUUUGUAGUAAGUUUUAAGGUUUAGCAUCAGGUUUAGGUUUCCUGAACAGCUUUUACGAAAGUUGAGUCGAUGUGUAAAUUAACGUUAGACCUUUGACUCCAUUAACAGACUGUUAACAGACUGUUAGACUAACAUUAUGUUUACAUCUGUGCUAGUAAUACACGCAAAUACAGUGCAGUGUUGUAAGUUACUGUAUACGAAUGUUUAGUGGGGUAACUAGUAACUAGUAGGCUACAGCUGUCAGUGUUCAGAAAGUUAACAUUCAACAAUUUGAAAUCCAUUAACUGAGUUAGAUUUUCGUACUUGAACUCAAAACGAACAAUUGUUUAUUAUCAAUCUGUUAACGUUACUCAAAAGAUUACCACAAUUUGCAGAUAGCCUGUUUGCUAUCGUAAAAACGGUGUAAGAAAUUAUAGCUAGCUAAAUUACUUACUGCAGAGUAGGGCUAACGUUAGCCAUGAUCUGACUUGUAAUUUAGGCUGGUAGUUGAUUUUAAGGUACAGUCAUGAUAAUGGGGAUUUGUAGUUAUGAUUGAGAUUGGACAAAAAUGUGGGUAAUUGGAUGCUUAGAUGUAACCAUAGACUGUCUUUUUUUUGCAGUGUCAAUUAAACAUUAAUAGAAAGAGAGAGAUAUCAGACUUAUUUUUAAAGAAGCACAAACAGGCAGAUCAGGUAAAAACAGACCCCAGCCCUUGCAUCACUACUGGACCCCAGAGCAGCUCCCUAGCUGAGUGUGGUCAGACUUCACAAGGACCAGUCUACCACCACCACCACCACCACCUACCAGACAGUCAGUCACAUGCCCAGUUCAGAAUUUAAGUUUAGCUUCAGUUUGUAAUAGGUAAUUUUGUCACAUUAAGCCUCACUUUAAAAUUAUGGUUGAUGAUUCAUGUGUGUUCUUGUUUUGAUGGCUGUGCCAUUUUUAUUAUACACUAAUGGUUCUUGUGUUAUUUUAAUGUAAUUGAUGUAUCAAGGGAUGCCACAGAGACCUCUGGCUCUGAGCAAGACUGUGAGCCAGAGCUGCCAGGAGAUGCCAUCGAGCCCAUUGCAACUGCGUCAAGCACCAGAUAUGCUGUUCCAAAAGGACCCAAUGACAUUUCAAGAUCCAGAGAAGAGGGUCCUUCCUGUACAGUCAUGUUUGAAAACAUUUCCCAGAACUCAGCAUGGUACUACUAGGAAAAGGGCUUUCAACAGCUCCUGGUAUAAGGACAAUUCAUGGCUUGAAUAUUCUGUAAAUCAAGAUUUUACUUAUUGUUUCGCCUGUAGGCAUUUGUCUCUGCACAAUACACCUGAAUCUGCCUUCACAUUACAGUCAGGUUUUUGUAACUGGAAAAAGGUCACGUUUAAAAAUUAUGGGUUUAAGCUCCAUUCGAAGGCAGAGAAUCACUGCAAAAUAAGUAUACAAACAGUGUGUAAAAUACAGCCUAAAACAAGCUUAAGAUUUUACAAAUCAUUGAUGAUGAGCACUGUAGGACAGAAAAUAGUGACCAAAGUGAUGGUGAGAGCUUCCAACGAGCUUAUCUUUUAUCAGGUGCUUGACAGUCUCACAGCUGAGCUGCAGAGACGUUUUUCAAAGAAGAAUUGCGAGAUAAUGCAAGGGAUCCAGACUCACAACCCAAAGAGUACAACAUUCUUGAAUGAGGAGCCUCUGUUUUCCUUUGCUCAGACCUUUGAGUCAGAUUUAGAGGACCUCAAACAUGAGGUUCAUCAAACCAAGUGGCUUCUUGAUAGGAGAGAGAAAAGUGGAAGGGACAGACUGUCUACUCUCCUUGACUUGGUUGUGUUUCUAGAACCUUAUAAAGAGGUCUUCCAUGAGCUGUUUCCACUUUGUAAUAUUUCUGUUGUUACACCCGUCAACAGUGCUUCUUGCGAGAGAAGCUUCUUAGCAUUACAACUGAUUAAAACCCACCUUAAGACAACAAUGGUUGAUGACAGGUUAAGUCACCUCGGAAUUCUCAGUGUUGAGUCAAAGAGGGCAUGCUCCCUCAACAUGUUUGUGAAACAUUUAGCCAGUUCUCACCAGAACCGCAGAAUUAUGCUGUUUUAAAUCUACCUAGGAUAAUUUGGCACUUAGGCGGUCCCUCUGGUCAUGAUUAAAACCUGCACUGUGUACUAUCUAGUACACUGACAUUCUUAAAUGAUAAAUCCCAAAGGUAGCAUGUCACAGAUUUCAUUUGGUCUUGAUUAACCCAAUUCCAAAACUUUUCUUUGCUAUUAGUAAACAUAAUAUAUAUGAGCAUUAAACAUGAUACUGUAAGUUUGUAAUAUUGAUGGACACCAAAAUUAUUUACAUUUUCAAGUCCAUUUCUGAUGGAUACCUGUUAUGUCAAAUUGCAGUGUUUAAAAUUAAAAAGUAAAUUAACUAUGGAAUUUAUGUAACACACAAAUGCUAUCUUAUCUCCUUGGGGCUUGAGCUUUAUUUUCUGAAAAUAUUUUGAUGUUCAACACUUAGACCCAGAUUAUAUAUUCAUGAAAACAGAGACCCAAGUCUCUGCAGUAUGUGAGUACAGUACAGUGUAUGUGUGUGUGCAUGUGUGUGUGAGAGAGAAAGAAAGAAAUUGAGCUGCAGUUCUGAGGUAGAGACACUGACUAUUCAUAGUAUGUUAAAGAAUUCUAGUGAAGUAACCCUUUUGGACCACACUAUCUGCCACAUUGAAGAACUCCGGGGUUAAGUGAAUUAUCACUUCUACCUCUAAUCAGCAAUCAUAGGAUUCAUUCAUGCUUGUUAGAUGCCAGGUUAGGGUUACACACACAUUUUCUGUCGUGGUCUCCCUGAACUAGCCCUGGCCACCCCAUGUAUAAAAUUCUAGUUUCACCACUGCUCCCAAAUAGGCAUAGGCCAACACACUUGGGAUUUGAAACAAUCCACAGCUAUGAAAAAAGAAGCUAAUGAUCCCUGGUGAAUUAUUUUGAAGGAGGAUUAUUUUGAAGAAGGAUUUUAUUUAGACAGGAGUAAUUAUCUCAUUUUGGCAAAACAUCAAUUUACUUUAGGGGAGUCCAGCAUUCUAACAGUGCACUGUGCAUCCGCUAACUCUCCUUUCCAAUUCACAAGAGUCUGAAACCAUAGAUCUGUAUAUAAUGACGAGAUACUCAUGUCUCCGCCCUAAUAAGGGGAGUCUUUGUCCAAAAAGCGGGAAGGCCGGCGACAAUUUUAGGUCUGCAUAUUAUGCCCAUAGAGACGCAUUGGGAUUAUUCUGGACAGUUUGGCGAGAGUGAGCCCUCUCGCUUGCUUCUUCCUCGUGUCACAUUCUGACCUUAGUUCUUUUAUUAUAUUUUUGUUUUAG